GGCAGCGCAGAGGAAGGUUGGAAGAGUGGACGCUGGCAAGGGGAGGGCAGCUCUCCUUGCUCUAUGACACCAUGGACAGCUCCCAUUAACCAAGGCACCUCCCAACCUUGGGGCCUGGGAUUCCUCUGCCCCUUUGUCACAUUGGAAUUUUAUCCACCAUUCUCCAAGGGACACUCUGAAGGUACACCCUAGUUCCAGCUUUCGGAUCAGUAGGCUCUCUGGACAUGACUCUCGUUGAAGGCUCUGUUGGGGUGGAGGACCUUGUGCUCCUGGAACCAGUGGAGCAGGAGUCUCUGCUCAGGAACCUCCAGCUGCGCUACGAAAAGAAGGAGAUUUAUACCUACAUUGGGAACGUGUUGAUCUCAGUGAAUCCCUACCAACAGCUGCCCAUCUAUGGCCCAGACUUCAUUGCCAAAUACCGGGACUAUACCUUCUAUGAGCUGAAGCCCCAUAUCUAUGCAUUGGCGAAUGUGGCAUACCAGUCACUGAAGGAUCGGGACCGGGACCAGUGUAUCCUCAUCACGGGCGAGAGUGGAGCUGGAAAGACUGAGGCAAGUAAGCUGGUGAUGUCUUAUGUGGCGGCUGUCUGUGGGAAAGGAGAGCAGGUGAACUCUGUGAAGGAGCAACUACUUCAGUCAAACCCGGUGCUGGAGGCUUUCGGCAAUGCCAAGACCAUUCGCAACAACAACUCCUCUCGAUUUGGAAAAUACAUGGAUAUUGAAUUUGACUUCAAGGGAAGUCCUCUCGGUGGUGUCAUCACAAACUAUCUGCUGGAGAAGUCCCGAGUGGUGAAGCAGCUCACAGGAGAGCGGAACUUCCACAUCUUCUACCAGCUGCUGGCCGGAGCAGAUGAACAGCUGCUGCAGGCCCUGAAGCUCGAGCAGGAUACAAGUGGUUACACCUAUCUGAAUCGGGAAGUAUCCAGAGUGGUUGGCAUGGAUGACGCCUCCAAUUUCAAGGCUGUAGAGAGUGCCAUGACUGUGAUUGGGUUCUCGGAGGAGGAGAUCCGACAGGUGCUAGAGGUGACGGCUUUGGUGCUGAAGCUGGGGAAUGUGGAACUGGUGGAUGAGUCCCAGGCCAGUGGGAUAGCAGCUAGUGGCAUCCAUGAUGGACGAGGCCUUCAGGAAAUCGGGGAACUGGUGGGUUUGAAUGCAGAAGAACUAGAGAGAGCUUUGUGCUCAAGAACGAUGGAAAUGGCCAAAGAAAAGGUGGUCACUGCAUUGAAUGUCAUCCAGGCUCGCUAUGCUCGGGAUGGCCUGGCUAAGAACAUCUACAGCCGCCUCUUCCACUGGAUAGUGAAUCGCAUAAACCAGAGUAUCGAGGUGGGCACUGGGGAGAAGAAGAAGGUAAUGGGGGUCCUGGAUAUCUACGGCUUUGAAGUAUUAGAGGAUAAUAGCUUUGAGCAAUUUGUGAUCAACUACUGCAAUGAGAAGCUACAGCAGGUGUUCAUAGAGUUAACGCUGAAAGAGGAGCAAGAGGAAUAUAGGAGAGAGGGCAUACCGUGGACAAAGGUGGAGUACUUCGAUAAUGGGAUUAUCUGUAACCUCAUUGAGCAUAACCAGCAAGGAAUCCUGGCCAUGCUUGACGAGGAGUGCCUGCGGCCUGGGGUGAUCAGUGACUCUACCUUCCUCUCGAAGCUGAACCAGCUCUUCUCUAAGCAUGGUCACUAUGAGAGUAAAGUCACCCAGAACGCCCAGCGCCAGUAUGACCACACCAUGGGCCUUGGCUGCUUCCGCAUCAGCCACUAUGCGGGCAAGGUGACAUACAGUGUGAAUGGCUUCAUUGACAAGAAUAAUGACUUACUCUUCCGGGAUUUGUCCCAGGCUAUGUGGAAGGCCCAGCACCACCUUCUUAAGUCCUUGUUCCCUGAGGGAGAUCCCAAGCAGGCAUCUCUCAAACGCCCCCCAACUGCUGGGACCCAGUUCAAGAGUUCUGUGGCCAUACUCAUGAAGAACCUGUAUUCCAAAAACCCGAAUUACAUCAGGUGUAUAAAGCCCAACGACCAGCAGCAGCGAGGCCAGUUCUCCUCGGAGCUGGUGGCCAUCCAGGCUUGGUACCUGGGGCUGCUAGAGAAUGUGCGGGUGCGACGGGCAGGCUAUGCUUACCGCCAGGGGUACGGGCCCUUCCUGGAAAGGUAUCGAAUGCUGAGCCAGAGCACUUGGCCUCGGUGGAAUGGGGGAGACAGGGAAGGGGUGGAGAAGGUCAUGGGGGCCCUGAGUGUGUCUUCAGAGGAGGUGGCCUUUGGAAGAACAAAGAUCUUCAUUAGAAGUCCCAAGACGCUUUUCUUCCUGGAGGAGCAGAGGCGCUUCCGACUUCACCAGCUGGCCACACUCAUACAGAAGAUAUACCGGGGCUGGCGCUGCCACACCCACUACCAGCUGAUGCGCAAGAGUCAGAUCCUCAUUUCCUCUUGGUUUCGGGGCACUAUGCAAAAGAAACGCUAUGAGAAGCUAAAGGCAUCAGCAUUGUUGAUCCAGGCUUUUGUGAGAGGGUGGAAGGUUCGCAAGGAUUAUCGAAAAUACUUCCGGUCAGGGGCUGCCCUCACCUUGGCAGAUUUCAUCUACAAGAGCAUGGUACAGAAAUUCCUACUGGGGCUGAAGAAUAAUUUGCCAUCUACCAAUAUCUUGGACAAGAAGUGGCCAGCUGCCCGUUACAAGUGUUUCAACACAGCUAAUGAGGAGCUAAAGCGGCUCUUCUACCGCUGGAAGUGCAAGAAAUUCCGGGAUCAGCUAUCCCCGAAGCAGGUAGAGAUCCUGAGGGAGAAGCUCUGUGCCAGCGAACUGUUCAAGGGCAAGAAGGCUUCAUACCCUCAAAGUGUCCCCAUGCCAUUCAACGGUGACUACAUUGGGCUGCAAGGGAACCCCAAGCUGCAGAAGCUGAAGGGCGGGGAGGAAGGGCCUAUUCUGGUGGCAGAGACUGUGAAGAAAGUCAACCGCAGCAAUGGCAAGACUUCCUCUCGAAUUCUCCUCCUGACCAAGGGGCACGUGAUUCUUGCAGAUACCAGGAAGUCCCAGGCCAAAACUGUCAUUGGACUAGACAGUGUGGCUGGGGUGUCAGUCACCAGCUUCAAGGAUGGGCUUUUUAGCUUACAUCUGAGUGAGGUGUCAUCAGUGGGCUCCAAGGGAGACUUCCUGCUAGCCAGCGAGCAUCUGGUGGAACUGCUGACCAGAAUGUACCGGGCUGUGCUAGAUGCCACACGGAGGCAGCUUCCAGUCACUGUGACUGAGAGGUUCUCAGUGAGGUUCAAGGAGGGCAGUGUGGAUGUCAAGGUCAUCGAGGGCCCUGGGGGUGGUGCGAAUGGCAAGUUAAGCUGCAAGAAGAAGGGGAGUCAUUGCUUGGAAGUGACUGUAUAGAGAAGAGGUGGCGGCCUGAUGCAGAGUCAACAGUUUCUUCCCCCUGGACUAGCACCUCCACCCCCGACCUUUGUGGGAGGAUGUCGUGUCUAACCUCCAACUGGUUGAUGCUCAGAAAAUUGAAGAACCCUUGAAGAGGACCUUUUUUCUCCCCAACUUUUCCAGUCCUCUCUCCAAGCUUAGCCUUCUCCCACCCUCAGCCUCUGUGCCCACUAAUAAAACAAGUAACUUCCCAAA